AUCCAGACACUAUGUUUUAUUUAACUUUACGUCUUAAAUACAUUUAGAAUAACAAGAUAUAAAAUUGUUAAGACGUUACUUGUGUACAAACAUUGACAAGAACAUAUUUGAUAUGGCUGUCCUAUACCUCUUAUUGACCAUGUGUGCGAGUGCAGUAUGGUGCGGGACAGUUUCAGUCGCGAAUAAAAACAUGAACGUUAACAAGGACAAUCCAGUCAGCCUGAGCUAUUUCAUACAAUACCCACCUGAAGAGAAGUUCAAUGUUAUUGAUAUAUACUUAAAAGAUCCUGUCAGCUCAGUGGAAACCAUACUUGCUCAAGGACUAAGUAACAGCUUAAAACUGCAAGGAUCAUUUGGUGGUAAAUACAGCACGUCAGUGGACGUCAGUGCUAAGAAAUAUACUCUGACCAUAAAUGAUGCUCAAUACACAGACUCGGCCAUUUACAAGGCGAUAGCUGUGUUUCUUACAAAAACAGGAGAACUUUCAGUCAAGAAUGUUGAAAUUGCAUUAGAAGUAAAUGGUGGUCCGGAGUUUUGCAACUUGAAACCGCCAGAGACGUUAACAGUAAUUUCCCAUGAACGGCCUAGAGUCCGUGUGUCAGUGUGUGGAAAUCCGGAACCGCAAAUCACAUGGGAAUAUCUUGGAAACAACUUGAAAUCAACCAUAAUAAAAGGAAAGAAACCAAAGGAAUUCAUAUUUGAAACGCUUCUCCCUCAAAUCACACCACCUAACUGCGGUUCAUCUUUAACUUACAAAGCAACUGGACAUGGUAGAGGUGUAAGCGACAGAACAAUACUGAAUGUAAAAUUCACACCAGAGAAUGUGAAAGUAACGGAAGCAUACUUGAAAGAACAGUGUGUCACUGUGCGCUUCACGACGCUUGAUGUCGGUACCUGUAAGUUAUCAUACGAGUUCAACUAUUUUGACGAUCGUGCUCAGCUAGUUGGUAGCAGUGCAGCAGAUAAGAACACCAACACUGUCCAGCAAUGCGGAAUUACAGCUAGCACAGUUAAAGCUCGAGCAAGAUCAAGCGAUUCUGUUGGACAAUGGAGUGCUUAUCCUAUUAACAGCAAAAACAGUGGUUCCAGUAUUCAACCCUCGAGAAGUUUAUGGAAUCUUAUACUGAGUAUAGCGAUUUUGAUAACAUUAAGUACAUUGUAGAGUACGAUGCUUGGCUGAUAUUUAAUAUAGAAAAUUUUGAUAUAGGCUUUCAAAUCAGCCAUUAUAUUUAGUAAGAGAAUACAGAUCUUUGAAAACAAAGCUCGUAUUUUUAAACAACAUACCUGUCCAAAGUUUUUGCUUAAUAUAUGACUUGACAAUGGUGAGGAAUGUUUACGUGCCUGAUUUUAGUACAUGGGCAUCCAUUAAGGUGGGUAAAAAAGCAGGACCACAAGGGUUAAAAUGACAAUUGUUAAUUUAUGUAGAUUUUUUAAAAGUACAAGAACCAAAAGGCGCUGAAAGAUUUUUUAACUAUAUCUUCCCUUCUUUUAAAAAACGUUUUUACUAUUUUUAAGCUAAAUAUUUUGUUUUUUUUAAGGUCUAUUUGUCUUCUGUGGUCUGUUGUUUAUAUUUUCUAUCUGCAGGAAUAAGUGUGCAUGUCCAUUACGUCGCACACAAAGUGGUUUAUAGGAGAAAUAUUUUUUAUGACACGAUAAUAUUUUUUAUUGAUAUUUAUAUUCACUAUAAUACCAAAGUUGUUACUUUUUAAGUAAAAAUAAAAAACCCUAUUUGUGGAAUGAAUUUUAAAUCAUAGAAUUGUUAUUCAAA